AUGAGUUUAGCUUUCCUACACGCACACGAUUGCUCAGAACCGCACUCUGAAGCCGUCUGGGACGUUGCUUGGACUUCAGCGGACACAACUGUGUCUAUCUCAGCCGAUGGUUCUGCCAAACAAUGGGCUUCAAUCUCUGGGCAACCACAAUCACCCAAUGCUCAGUUCCCCCAACCGCAUACACUGGCCCUAGUCUCGUUAUCCGUUUCUCCUGACGGGACGCUAGCUCUGUACAACAGUAUAGAGGGCCUGACCAGCCUGUGGGAUUUGGAGAGCGGUCAAGUCGUAGCCAGGCAUGAAAGCUAUCAACGAAGCACCGAGGAUGCAGAACCAGCAUGGUCUGUAUCGCUAAACCCCAACAAGGAGACAUACGCCUGCUCGGGAGCAUCUGGGAAUGUCACGAUUCGCUCUGCCAAAACUGAUAACUUCGGCGAACGGCUUACAUCGUUCUCUUCCGGACGCAACAAGUUUGGAAUGGCCUGCGCCCACAGCCCAGAUGGGAGCAGAGUUGCUUUAGCGUCCGAAACUGGGCAAAUCUUCAUAUUUGAUCUCGUAUCUGGCUCCCUUUCGACAACAUACACCUCCCACGCAAUGUCCGUUAGGUCUAUUGCGUGGUCUCCUGACUCUAGUCUUCUUAUCAGUGCUUCAGAAGACAAGAGACUUGUGCUUCAUGACGUGCGAGCAUCUCCAGGCGGCAUCGUAGCCUCGUUCACAGGACAUAGCUCCUGGGUCCUGAGCACGGAUAUUUCUCCUGAUUCGCGUCUUGCGCUCUCAGGAUCCGCCGAUAAAACUAUCAAAGUCUGGGACAUUGCCGCUCGAACGGCAGUCUCGACUAUUCAGGACACGGGAGAGGUCUGGAGUGUGUCAUGGCGGCCCAAACCUCCUGCCGUUGGCACAGUGGGAGCGUUUGUCAGCGGCGGAGAGGAUGGAACUGUCAAAUGGUGGCGAGGUGCUGGUGCUGGAAGUUCAUAA